AUGUCGCUGGACCCUAUAAGCCGAUCACGGGGAGGAACCUUUGUGAGGUCCGAUGGGCCCGCAGAGCUUCCGCCCGAUGGAGAGAUCAGUAAAGAAGAGAUGCGUAUCCUUAAGGUGUGUUUUCAUAGCAACAGCAACAACCUGAUGAAGAACUUCAAGCUGGUCAAGUGUAGCAUAUACACCGAGAUUCGGGAAAUCAUCAGCUCCAUUCUCCUCAGUGGGCGGAUCGGCCCGGACAUCCAACACGUAACCAGCUAUGGCCUUCGCCUGAAACACUUGAAGUCCGAUGAGAUCCAUUGGCUGCACCCCGACUUGACCGUUGGGGAGGUGCAGGAGAAGUAUGAGUGUCUCCACCUAGAGGCGGAGUGGAGAUACGAUCUUCGGAUCCGCUACCUGCCAGAUAAUUACAUAGAAAGUUUCAAACAAGAUAAGACGACUUUGCUGUACUUCUACCAGCAGCUGAGGAAUGACUACAUGCAGCAAUACGCCACCAAGGUCAGCGAGGGCAUGGCGCUGCAACUGGGGUGCCUGGAGCUCAGACGUUUCUACAAGGACAUGCCGCAAAACGCUUUGGAGAAAAGAUCCAACUUUGAUUUCCUAGAGAAAGAAGUGGGUCUUGAUCUCUUCUUCCCUAAGCAGAUGCAGGAAAGUUUAAAGCCCAAACAGUUCCGUAAGAUGAUCCAGCAGACGUUCCAGCAGUAUGGCUCUCUGAAAGAGGAGGAAUGCAUCAUGAGGUUCCUGGGCACGCUCUCCAGCUUCACCUCCAUUGACCAAGAGACCUAUCGCUGCGAGCUGGCGCAAGGGUGGAGCAUCACCGUGGACCUGGUCAUCGGCCCGAAGGGAAUUCGCCAGCUGACUACCAAGGACUCAAAGCCUACGUUCCUGGCAGAGUUCAAGCAGAUCAAAUCUAUCAAAUGUUCUCUGCAGGACGAUAACCGAGCACUGCUACUGCUGGGGAUCUCAGGGGCCCCUCAGCUAAACAUCAAGACCCCUUCAUUAGCCGUGGCUGAAAACAUGGCGGACCUCAUAGAUGGAUACUGCCGUCUCCAGAACGGGUCUACGGGGUCCCUUAUUGUCUAUCCUGGAAAAGAGAAUGAGAAGAGGAUCAGUUUGCCGAGGAUUCCUACUCAGGAUGUCCCCGAGGAGAGGCUGUCACGGCAGGGGAGCAGUUUCGAAUCUGACAUUUAUGCGGAGAUUCCAGAAGAGUCAGAGCAGAGGUCUGCAGGCUUUCGUUACGCAAUCAGUCGGGAUGACGUUGUGCUGGGCAGGAUCCUCGGCGAAGGAUUUUUUGGAGAAGUGUACGAUGGUGUAUUUAAGAAUCAGAAGGGGGAACGGCUCAACGUGGCUGUGAAGACUUGUAAAAAAGACUGUGCUCCGGACGUCAAGGAAAAGUUCAUGAGUGAAGCCUAUCUGAUGAGGAAUCUGGACCAUCCACACAUAGUGAGACUCAUCGGCAUCAUUGAACAGGACCCCAUAUGGAUUGUGAUGGAGCUGUACCCAUUUGGAGAGCUCGGCCAGUACCUGGAGAAGCACAAGAAUACCCUACAGGUCAUCACCAUGAUCCACUACUCAUUACAGAUCUGCAAAGCUCUCGCCUACCUGGAAGGCAUAAACUGUGUCCACAGGGAUAUCGCUGUCAGGAAUAUCCUGGUUGCCGCACAUGAAUGUGUCAAGCUCGGAGACUUUGGCCUCUCACGAUAUAUUGAAGAUGAGGAUUAUUACAAAGCUUCGGUAACUCGUCUUCCGAUCAAGUGGAUGGCUCCAGAAUCCAUCAACUUCCGUCGCUUUACCUCGGCCAGUGAUGUCUGGAUGUUCGGGGUCUGUAUGUGGGAGAUCCUCUCAUUUGGCAAGCAACCGUUUUUCUGGUUGGAAAAUAAAGACGUCAUCAGCGUCAUCGAGAAAGGGGACCGUCUCCCAAAACCUGAAGCCUGCCCGCCAACUCUAUACACGUUAAUGACCCGCUGCUGGACUUACGACCUUUCGGAGAGACCCAGAUUUACAGAAUUAGUCUGCAGUCUAAGUGACAUCUACCAGACAGAGAAAGAGAUAGCGAGGGAUAAAGAAAGGAAUAACCGACAACGACCGCCGAAGAUUAUUGAGCCUGUUCCCAUUCAAGAGCCCCCACCGAAGCCAAAUCGGCCAAAGUACAAGGCAGCUGCACCUGGGAACUUAGGGAACUUACUGGCACCAAAGCUGCAGUUUCAGGUGCCUGAAAGUCUGUGUGCCAGCUCUCCUACGCUCUGUAGCCCCACAGAGUACCAGUCUCCAAUUGACUCCACCCACAGCCCACCACUCCUGCGCCAUAGCAUCAUCAAACGUCGCAGUAUGAGGGAGGAGGACUUUGUGAAGCCCAGUAGCAUGGAAGAGGCUCAGAAAAUGUGGGAGAAGGAAAGGAACAAGAUGUUGCAGGUCAUAAACCGUCAACAACAGCAGAUGCUCGAAGAUAACAAAUGGCUGAAACAGGAGGAGCAAUCGCUGGUCAACAACCUCAAGGAUCCAAAUCAGCAGAAGAAGGGUGAAAAGCUACCUGAAUUAGCACCUACAGAAAAAGAAGUUUCAUACACUGAGUUCACGGUGCCGCCACAGAAGCCCCCCCGGCUUGGAGCGCAGUCUCUACAGCCGGCACCAACGCUAACAUCGAUCGUACAGAUGAUAACGUCUAUCAGAGUGUGAUGGAGCUGGUGAAAUCGGUCCUACAAUUAAAGAACGACAUCUACCAGAUCCCACCGGAAGAAUAUGUUGGUGUGGUCAAGAACGUCGGGCUCGUGCUCCGAAAGCUCAUAGGUAGCGUCGAUGAGAUCCUUCCAUCUCUGCCACAGUCUUCACGCACAGAGAUUGAAGGAACGCAGAAAUUACUUAGUAAGGACUUGGCGGAGCUGAUCAGCAAGAUGCGCCUGGCUCAGCAGAACGCGGUGACGUCGCUAAGCGAAGAAUGUAAGAAGCAGAUGUUGACAGCUUCCCACGCAUUGGCAGUGGAUGCCAAAAACUUACUGGACUCCGUCGAUCAGGCUCGCGUAAGAGCCAACCUCGCCAAGGUGGCAGCGGAGUGA